GAAAGGGUUAGGUUUUGUGAGAAACGGCAAUUCUCUCGACGGUAACUCUCUCUCUUCCCUCCUUCCCUUAGAUUUCAUUUCUAUUUGCCUUUUUUCUUCUGAUUUCAGGUUUCUAUCAGAUUUUAUCUCUGCCUGUUUCUCUUAAUCAUUUUGCUUGCGCUUUAAUCUCAUUAAUUCCCUUUUUAAUAAUUUAUCGAUUUGUUUGUUUUCUUCGACUUCGGGUUUAAAAUUGUUUGUGUGGUUGAAAUUCAAUCUAUUUAUCCAUUAUCGAUCUCCGUUUAAUUCAAUUUACAAUUUUUGUUGUUUUCUUAUGCACAUACGAAUAAUUGUUUAUUGUCGCUGAGAGAAGGGGUCUCUGUAUGUGUGGCCUCUUCCUUGGUUAAUUACGCGAUUUCGGUGGUUUAUUUUGCAGAACUAGAAGAAAUCAACGAUGCCUCGCUAUGAUGAUAAGUAUGGUAAUACCCGCCUCUACGUGGGUCGCUUGUCUUCCAGGACUCGUUCCCGUGAUCUUGAGCGUGUCUUCAGCAGAUAUGGAAGGUUUCUGGGGUUUUGGCUAGACCUGGAGGUCUGUGUUGGGAGGUUGGCCUUGGUGGAAUUGGUGGAAAUUCCUGUCGAGUGUUGACUUUGGCGAUUCUUUCUGUAAUGUUAUUGCGUGUUUUUUAUGGAAAUGGCAACAAUCACAAACUGGUGUUUAGUUCGUCUUUGAGGGGCGAAGUAUCAUACAGUUCCAGUAGUUAAGUAAUGAUGGCCUUACUGUUUCUGGAAACCAUUUCCGCAGAGUUCGAGCUGUGGAUAUGAAGCAUGAUUUCGCCUUUGUUGUAAGUUACCACCCUUUCUUUAUCUUUGUUUAUAUUAUUUGUUGACUUUUCAAUUUCCCGUCAUCUUUGCUCCAAGGUUGCUUUUAGUAUCUGCUUGGGGAAAUUCAGUUGUAGACAAUGGUAAGGAUUUUGUGUUACUUUCUUUGCUUGCCCUUUUCAUCUUUUGGACAGGAAUUUAGCGAUCCUCGAGAUGCUGAUGAUGCUAGAUAUAACUUGGAUGGCCGUGAUGUUGAUGGAAGUCGUAUUAUUGUGGAGUUUGCCAAAGGGGGUCCUCGUGGUUCCCGGGAGUACUUGGGUAGGGGUCCGCCUCCUGGAUCUGGACGCUGCUUUAACUGUGGUAUUGACGGUCAUUGGGCUCGAGAUUGCAAAGCUGGGGAUUGGAAGAACAAGUGUUAUCGCUGUGGGGAAAGAGGUCAUAUAGAAAAGAACUGUAAGAACAGUCCCAAAAAGUUGAGUAGGCGUGGAAGGAGUCAUUCACGUUCACCGGUCCGGUCACGUUCUCCUCGACGUGGCAGAAGCCGAGAUCGAAGCUACAGCCGAGACCGCAGCUACAGCCGAUCAAGAUCACCGGUCAGAAGAGAACGUAGCCCAGCUUCUGAUGAUAGAUCACAGAGUCCUCAGCCCUCCAAGAUAAGGAAGCAUAGUCCAUCACCUGACCAAAGCAGCCCACAGAAGAGAGGCGACACAGCUCCUGGUAAUGAUAGGGUGGUCACACAGCAAGAUGGAUCUGACUACAGUGAUGGUCCUAGAGGGGGGAAGCGUAGAAGCCCUGCUAGCCCUGCUAGCCCUGCUAGGGAUCGCAAUGAGAGUGGCUAUGAUAGCCCUAAAGCUAAUGGGCGUAGCCGCAGUCCCAGUCGGAGCCCUAGGGAUGAUGACAGGAGCCCCAUCGAUGAAGAUGAUGACAACAACCGCCACUCACAGUCACCUUGAAUCGUAUUUUUCUGAUAAAAUGAGGUCGGGAUGUGUCUCAUCUGUUUGUAUCUGCUUUGUUUAUGCAGUGCACUCUAGCUUAAUUCCGUGACAAUUGUUUAUGAAGAACCGUUUUAUGUAUGCUAUUUUUCAGAUUCUUGCUGGUUAAGCAACAUGCGUGGCUUACCUAGAAUAUAAAGUGCAUGAAUUUGUUUCAAGUGUUAGCAUAAUUUAAACCAAUGUGAAUUGUUGUGAGAAAUUUAAAUCUAGCAUGUUUUGAAUCCC